GCGGGGACUCCGGGCCGCGGCGGCGGCCCAUGGGGCGGGAGGCGUGAGGCCGCUGCCUGUCCGGGGCUCGGGGGGUGGGGGGAGCGGGGCGGGGAGAUGGAUAAACUGACCAUCAUCUCAGGAUGUCUCUUUCUGGCUGCCGAUAUCUUCGCCAUCGCCAGCAUCGCCAACCCGGACUGGAUCAACACCGGGGAGUCUGCGGGAGCACUCACUGUGGGCCUCGUGCGACAGUGUCAAACAAUCCAUGGACGAGACCGGACGUGCAUCCCUCCCCGGCUUCCCCCGGAGUGGGUCACCACACUGUUUUUUAUCAUCAUGGGAAUCAUUUCAUUGACUGUCACAUGUGGUUUGCUGGUGGCUUCCCACUGGCGAAGAGAAGCUACAAAAUAUGCUCGAUGGAUAGCAUUCACUGGAAUGAUCCUUUUCUGUAUGGCUGCCCUAAUAUUUCCAAUAGGAUUUUACAUCAAUGAAGUCGGAGGUCAACCUUAUAAAUUACCCAACAACACAGUAGUUGGGUCAUCAUAUGUACUUUUUGUCUUAUCAAUUUUCUUUACAAUAGUAGGACUUCUAUUUGCUGGCAAAGUUUGUUUACCAGGCUGAUGAAUGUCUAAAUUGCUUGACUCUUAUUAUUUUUUAUUUUAUUAUUUUUGGAGGGUGGAGAGGACAAAGGCGAGGCAUCUGAGCAGCUCUCUCAUGGGAACAUGCUCAGGUGAAACUGAUGCUGAGAAGGAAAAAAAAACAAAAACUUUGAUUUGUUCUCACUAUGCACUUUGGAUUUAAAAAAAAAAAAAAAAGGAGAGCCUUUUCCAUAACCAAAUACAGACAAUAUUGACUAAAUCUCCUGAGCAUAUUCAGGCAGUCAGGUCUGCACUGUGAUAGCAACCUAGAGAAGGAGAAUGCUUUAUACCGAAAAGCAUGUGGCCCUUUGUGACUCUAUUGUUCCGUUUUUAAUGUCUAAUGAUUCAUUAGAGGAAAAAAACAGUCUAAGUAUUUAUGUAUCAUGGUGGACCAGAGGAAGGCAAGAGAAGUUCAUGUGGGGCUGGCCUCACCUCCUAAGAAAUUAGUGUUCACAACUUCCUUGUAAUAGUAUGAGCCUUUGGCACCAGAAUGGAUUGCCGUUGCAUUACUGCACCAAGAAGCCAAUAGAUCAAAACUUGUUUGCUAAAAUGUAUGUAAAAAUUCUGAAAUUCCCUCUUCUCUGUGUACAAAAAAAAAAAAAAAAAAAAAUCAAACAC